AUGCCUCUUGAUGAACUCAAAAAGGUUCCGUAUGGCGAAUUAUACAAUAACAAAGAGUCAAAGCAAUUGGUUGAAUGGAUAAAUGGUAACUUAAAUCAGAAUGAAGCGAUUCUCUCUGACAUGCCGACUUCCAGCAUUAUUAGAUGUGCUACCAGAAAUAGAGUGGUAAUAAACCCACAAUAUGAAGACUAUGACAUCCGAAAGAAGACAAGAUUUCUUUAUACACUUGGGGACUAUGCUGAUGAUAAAUGGUUCGGUGAAGAAAUGUACCAAAUUUACAAGUGUGAAUACGUUGUGGUUCCAAAAAAGUUUUGUCUGAUCCCAAACGAUGAGACUGAUGCUAUAAACAAAUUAUUAAAAUCUAACGACUAUACUAAAUAUAGCCAAACCGCCGAACAUGGCGAUCGGUUAUGCAAUAGGUUGCUGAUGAAGACGAGCACUUUUGACCUACUCUUUUCAAACGGUCACUAUUUCAUUUACAAGUACAACAAGGAUAGAGUUUCUAGGAAUGAUAAAUUAGGAACUACAAACAGUUUUGAGGCAAUUAAACCUUGGCUUUCACGAUGCUCUAGUGACCCCAAAUGCCCACAACAAAUAUAUUCGACGUUUUCGUUCCUAAAUGAGCAUGUUAACUCUCAAUUAGCUCGAGAAAUACUUGAAUACGGGAUAAAAACUUACUCGGAAAACCUGUUAAUGAUAAGACUGUAUGCUGAGGCAAUGGACUACGAUUUGGAGAGGUAUAGCGUUGCAAACAAGUACUACAGGAAGCUGAUAUACAAGAUGGGUGACGAGUGCAAAUCAAGAGAAGAUUUCCUAUUACUUUCGCAAUACCUUGGCUUCCUCUUAGAGACCAAAGAAGGAAAUCAUAAGGAGAUAAAAUCCAUCGUAGAACUGAGCUCAAAAUGUUUGGACCUGCAAUAUAAAGGGGAAGACUCUGAGAGCUUGUGCCUUUUUUCCGCGCAAUUACUGGAGAUUUCGAGGACAUUUAAAGACCAAAUGACAAGACCGUUGGCUCAAAAGUUUUGGCAAAAGGGACUGGAAUACGGACGACAAAACGAAUGCUUCUACAAACAUUAUAGCAAAUUCAACCAAAAUCCACCGAGAAAAAGAGAUUUAUUCGCAAACUUUCUAUUUGGAAAGUUUCAAGUGCCAUGA